GGUUCCUGGAGGAGUUGCUCUUCGUUCGCGCCGAUCGGCUCACCAGCUUGGCGGCUGAGCGGCUGCUGAGCGUCAGCAGGCCGCAGGACCUGCGAGACCUGAUUGUGCUGGGAGGCGACGAGGUCAAUGCGCAGAAGCUCUUGGAGUCUCGAGGCUUGUCCUUCGUGGGGGAUUGUUUCUUCAGGGAUCCCAAGCUCUCGGCGGUGGAGGAGGCCCGGAAACGUCGCACCGAAGCUAAGCGUCGACGCCGCUGCUGCCGUUGGAGCUGCACUGCGAUCCUCUGUUUCUUCGUCUUGUUCCUCUUGGAGGCCUCCGGCCUAUUGGCAGGUGUUGCAACUUGGGAGUGGCCCAAUUGGUCACAAGCGCAGCUCAUCAGUCUUUGCUGCUGUUUGGCUGCCAGCUUGUGGUUUUGGGCGCCCACGAUCACUCUACCAAAGGAGGGCCUCAGCGAGGACACGGCCCAGUUGCUCGUCUUGCUCUUGGGAAGUCCGAUUGCCUGGGCCGCGGCUUCUGCAGGCUUUGGUGGUCCGAUGCUGGCCGCGCUGGCGCCCGCAGCGCUGGUGGUCUUCUUCGGCUUUUUGACUAUCCCUUGGCAAGCUUCAGAUGCUGAGCCCAAGAAGGCACAAGAUUCGCGACGGCAAUCGAAUGCUUGGUGGCCAGAGUUGACGCUGGGCAACGCGGGGGAGCCGCACUUCCUGGGCACAGCCAAGGGGAUGCGGAGGCACCUGCCACCGGUGGCGGGUGAUGCCGUGCGGAUGCUUGCCAGGCUUCAGCAGGUCAGCAAGGCCUGUCGGCAGGCAGUGAGACCGCCCUGGAGUCGGUGAGCGAAAGGGGCGGUGACGCGGUGACGCGUUGUUCCGCGGUGGUCUGCCUGUGGGUUGAGCCGGAUGCCGC